AAAACAUUAUUUAUGAAAUUUUCAAUAAGUACUGGGUACGGUUGGCCCGACUCCCAUCCCGGAGAACGAGGUAGAGCAUGUCCUGGAAAUGCAACCUCCAAAAAAAUCAAAAGGGAAGGCCAUGCCAAAAGGGUACAACGAGUUGGGCGGUCAAAAGACCCUGGACGUACGGCGACAAAGGAAGAACUGUUGUCAUGGUUUGGGUGAACGUUUCCGAAGACCCGAUUAUAGCUAGACAACUUUUGGGGUAGGGUCACUAAAAAAUUCUACGUAUUGAUGAACGUGGAGCCCUACCGCCGCAUCGACGUGAUCUCCUCCAUGUACCGCGACUUGAAUGCAAAAGUUUACAAAUGGGGCGAGUUAGGGGGAUUAUUGGAGGAGGAGGUGGAGUUGUUUUUGCCGGAAGAGACGGAGGAGUCGGCAUCCAUGUUUGCCGGUGAAGAGAGGGACGGCGGAGGAGGGUGGCCGAGAGGGAGAGGGCCGAAGAAAGAGAGAGCCAAAGAUGGAAGCCGAGGAGGAUUAGGGCUCCGAUACGAUGUAGAAUAGAAUAAAUCUGGUGCAUUAAGAAAAUGGGAGGACCGGG